AUUACUUCUGCCCCUUCUUGCCACAAAUACAGUCAUGGUGGGGAGAAGGGUGGUCAGAUGAAAAGAAGGGGGAGGGGAUGAGUUCCUUGAUCUUCCAUAGUUGAAAGCAGGAAUAUUUCCAUUAACAAAUCAUGUGAUAGUAAAGCUCUUUUUAAACUAAUGCUUUGUGGUAUACAUAGCUAGAAGCAAACUCCUCUUCCACUUGGAGGAAGAGAUAAACCUCCCAGUGGAAGAAGCCAAAGGGAACCCAACCACCAAGCUUGAAACUGUAGUUGUGAUCAGCUCCCCAUGCAUAGCAAUAGACCAAACAGGCACCAAGGGUGUAGCCACACGUUCCAAAAUAACAUCACUUUGAUGCCACUUUAACAGCCAAGACUCCAUCCUAGGGAAUCCUGGGGUUUGUAUUUUUGUGAGUUUCUUAAAAUUCUUAGUCACUGAGGUUUAAUUUUUUGGCUCAGGAAAAUGCACUAGAUAAUUUACCAAAUUGCAUAUCUUACAAAUCAGAAAGAUAAAUAGCCAUGGUAAUAAAAAUGGUUUCAAUCAGCCAUAAUUGUCUAGUGUAGACACACCCGAAAUCUUUGUUGAAAAUGGUUUAUCGGAACUUAAGCACACAAUAUAGACAAGGGAAUUUCAGCAGAACUUCGGUAAUGCUGAAAUUCUCUCUUCCACACCACGGUUAACCCAUCCUCUUUUUCCUAUGGCCACCUUAGGGUGGGAGCGCUUGGUGGUGCAGUGGGUUAAACCCUUGUGCUGGCAGGACUGCUGACUUGAAGGUUGUGUUGCUGACCUGAAAGUUGCCAGUUCGAAUCCAGGGAAAGCGCAGAAGAGCUCCCUCUGUCAGCUCCAGCUCCCCAUGCGGAGACAUGAGAGAAGCCUCCUGCAAGGAUGGUAAAAUAUCAAGAACAUCCGGACAUCCCCUGGGCGACGUCUUUGCAGAGGGCCAAUUCCCUCACACCAGAAGCGACUUGCAGUUUCUCAAGUCACUCCUGACACAGAAAAAAAAAACCUUAGGGCAAAGCUAUUAUAGUCCUUGAGAGGUCCUAUUAUAUCAUCACAGUGUAUCCAUAUUCCUAUGAUAGGGAAGAUUGCACCUCUUCAUAGUUGAUAGCUCUGGUGUUCUUCAAAUGAUAUUUGGGGGAGAAUAAGAUAACCUCAGCAAAGGGAGGAAGGGAAAUCAGAUUUGGUUUAUGCGAUGAAAGCUGAUGGCUCCAUGUCAAUGUGGUGCUUCAGAUUUCAGUUUGAACUACCUAAAGUACUGAAAUUAUUUUGGGGAUAGAGUUCAACAUUUUGAGCAACUCCUUUAAAAUCUGGACUAAAAGUCAGAGAAGAUUCACAGCUCCACUGAUUUGGAAUCUACCAGACAUCACUGGCUUGGGGUCUAUAUCUGUUUGGGAGAAGGAAUAAACAAAAACAAUGACCUAGGUAGCUGAGAAGUUUGUGUUACUUUUUGAAAAGUUUCAAGAGCUGUAUUACGGCAAUAACUUUUGUUAGGACCAAGCAAAAUUUCCAAAAUUAGUGAGUGAGUGAGAGGCUGAGCUAUCUGCAAAGCUUCAUCAGUUUUGAAGGACUCCGCUAUUUUAGGCCACUUCUAUACAACUGAAUAAAAUCCCACAUUUUCUGCUUUGAACUGGAAUAAAUGGCAGUGUGGACUCAGAUAACUCAGUUCAAAGAAAAUAUUGUGGGAUUUUCUGCCUUGAUAUUCUGGGUUAUAUGGCUGUGAGGAAGGGCCCUCACACUUUGGCUGGUCACAAUGUAGUACUAUGAAUGAAUGAAUGAAUGAGACUUUAUUUCUAUCCUGCCCUACCUCCCCAGUGGGGACUCAGGGUGGCUUACAACAUAUAAAGAGGCAAACAUUCAAUGCCAUAUAAAAAUACAAAAUAACAUAAACCAAAAGAUGAAACUCAAAGUACAUUUACACAAGCAACAAAGACAAUCAGACCAUUUCAUAUUUAACAUAUUUUUAAAAUUUAGAGUUUAAAAGUUUAAAUUAAAAGCAUUUAAAAGUCUAUCCUAUUCUAGAUUUCUGUAGGCCUUUUUCCUUAUGGGUCAACACAGCUGCCUUUGCAUCUUGAGUAAAGUGAUGUUGAAAUCCAUGGAUAUUCAAAGAAAGAUCUGGGUACAGAACUGUACAUUAUAAAAAUGUGUGCAGGAUUCAGGUCUCCUCAUAUCAGAAUUUGAGCUAUCCAUUGAUGAUAUUUUAGGACUAGAAAGACUUUUCCUUACUACAACAGAAUGUGGAGAUAUCUGUUGGAUAUACAAAUGAUUGAAAUCAGGGUUGGAAGCCUGUGGCCUUCCAUGUGUUGCUGGGUUUCCCACCAUCCCAGCCCAUUGACCAUGUUGGGUGAGGCUGCUGGGACAAGAUUCGAUAACAUCCAAAGGGUGACAAGUGUGCCACCUUUGAAUUAAAUAAACCCAUAGAUUUGUAGUAUAAGCAGUAAAAAUGGAACCUGCUUAUUCAGAGGUAGCAUAUCUUCGACUGCUUGAUGUUGGGGACAAGAUACAAAGGCAGACCCUCAUUUCCAUGCCUUGUUUGUGAGCUUCUUCACAGUACAGAGGUUAGCUAUUGUCAGAAACAAAAUGCAAGUCGGCUUUCAAUUAUUUAGAAUUCUGAAAUCCAAAAUACUCCCAAAUACAAAAUUGUUCACAUGGGUGGUUAAUAAAAUAGUGACACCUUUGUUUUAUAAUGGUAGAAUGUAAACAAAGUUUGUUUCAUUAGCAAAAUUAUUUAAAAUAUUGUAUUAAAUUGCCUUUAUAUUUAUGUAUAUGAGACAUAAAUGAAUUUCAGGUCUCAAUUUGAGUCUCACUUCCAAGAAAUCUCAUUAUGUACGUGUAUGCAAAUACAAUUUUUCCAAAAUAUGAAUACUUCUGGCCCCAUGUAUUUCAGAUGAGGGAGACCCAAACUGUACUGCAGUUAGCUGAUUUGAGUAUGAUUCCAGCAAAAUAAAUCUUAUUAGACUAUAAUCCUAUAUUCACUUAGAUCCCUUCCACACAGUCAUAUAAUCCAGAAUAUCAGGCAGAAAAUCUCACAAUAUCUGCUUUGAACUGGGUUAUCUGAGUCCACACUGCCUUAUAUUCAAGUUCAAAAGAGAUAAUGUGGGAUUUUAUUCAACUGUGUGGAAGGGGCCUUACAUGGGAGUCAGUCCAACUAAACUCAGUAGGGCUUACUUCUGAGUAGACACAUGGAAGCAUUGCUCGGACAGAUCUAUAAGGCCAUCAUCAAUGCAGGGGGUUAGGUUUACUGUGUCCACCUCCCAUCUCACUGGGCAUAGUUCUUGGGCAGGAAUACACAUGUAGACACUGCUGCUUAUAGUGGGAGGACUGAAAGGGAAGGAGAGUACACUAUUUGUAAUCAUAAUCUUAAAUCAGGCUUUCAGAGAAAAAAAAACAUCCAGUGAUUAUUGGAGAAAUGCUGAUCACAGCCCCCUGCCCGCAGUGCAAGGUUUCUGGGCUACUGACUUCACUGAUUUGGUUUGUAUUCAGUGAGCUUCUGUCUAUUUCCUGCUCCCUCAGUCUUCGUGCAUAUUCAACCCCGUCCCUUAUUCAGAUCUUCUCUGGUUUCAUCUGGAUGCCUUAUCACACUGACCAUUGCCCCUGCACAUACACUAUCCCAAACUUCUCUGGGUUUUACAGGCCAGCUAAAAUACAUUCAAUUUAAUUGUGUUUUGGGAUAAAUGUGAGACUGGGAUGGUUUGGAUGGUAACGCUUUGUUGACGUGUGUCUCUCUUUCUUGCUGCCCCUAUGGAAGCGAAGUUUUCCGCUCCUGCAGAAAGCAAAGUUACGACUCGGAGACGGGAGAAGAUGAUGCCAGCAGCACACAGGUGACCCAACGCAGCCAGCUCCAGGAUGAGACAACCUACAGCUCCCCUACAGGGGAGUCGGACACACUGGUGGACGCCUCCAUGAAGACCACUCCGACCUCAGUGCCAGGCCUGUCCCAGACAGAUGAGCACUCCAGUUGGUCAGGGAGCCAGACCACGGUGUUGGAGAAGGAUCCAGAGGCCGGCCCCACGGUGAGGGGACCCUACCUGCACCCCAGCAUUCCAAGGCAAGCACCUGCCGAGGCCCGGCACCUGGGGGUGGAGCCGCUGGUGCGGGCAUCACGGGCGGAGCUGAUUGGCGUGGCCCCGGGGUCCGAGGACAGCCUGUCUCUGGGGAGCGACCCCUACGGCAGCGCCUUCAGCCUGUACCGGGGCCGUGCCCUCUCCCUGCACGUCAGCCUUCCCCAUGGUGGAUACCGGAGGGAUGAAGCCAACAGCAGCAGCAAAACCAGCACAGAUACCCUCCACCCACCUGCACAGAAACCUCCUCUUCAGCGCCCAGUGUCCCCUCGAGCAGGGCAGUGCCCAGUCCAGCCACCGGGAACCAGCCGGGGCCCCACACCACCUGUAGCUCCUCGCAGAAAGCUGCUGAUGCCCCCUGAAUUUUCAGACACAACAUCAGAAGAAUUUGAUGAAAAGCUGAAGCGCUCUAAGUCAUCAGUCUACUCUCAGGCUGGCACUGGAGACUCACGACCCCAGACCCCACUAAGCGAAGCCUCCAGCCGUGUGUCUGUCCUUCGCCCAUCACCCAAACUGCCACGGUCAGGUUCCAAGAUCUUUGAAAAGCUCAAGUUUUUUGAAGAGCGACGGAAAAGCCUGGAGCAGAAUGAGAAUCCCUUUGCAGGCCACACAUGGCUGCCCUUACGUAAGACACGCUCCUUUGACCAGCCUGGCUUGGAUGAUGCCAGCCCCUUCCUCUCUGCUGUCUCCCAUGAGGACCUUCAAGACGACAUACACUCAGAAGUGGGUGGUGUGGCAUUCCGGCGCAAGGCCUUCCACCAGAAAGCAGCUUCCUUGGAUGAGCGUGGCCGCUUCUCCAACCGUGUGUAUGACCUGGAGCAUAAAUUCACAGAGGAACUUGGCCGCAUUAAGCGCACCGUGUCCCAGCAGCAGCUGCGCCGAUCCCAGGAAUUGUUCCCACAUGCUUCUGCUGAACCACCUGCCCCAAAGGUUCCACCACCUCGAAAACUCAAGCCGCUCAAGGCUUUGCCACGUGUGGAGAAUACUCAUGGCGUGCAGCAGCUGGUGUUGUCCAGCGUGGGGCUAGUAGGAGCCAGAGAUGACUCAAAGGGAACACAAAAAUCUCUGUUGAGGAGUGGAGCCAUAGCGGAGCAGGCAGCCGAACAGAGCAGAAGUCAAAAGGAGAGUGAGAUGAAUGGACAGGACCUGAGGCGGAAGGUGGAACAAUUCCCACUGUCCCAUGCAGCCCCAUUGGGACAAAGGGACCUACUGCGGUCUUCAGAUGGGAAUGAGUGUGUGGAUGGAGGCUUUCUAAAGACGUCAAAAGGGACUCAUGAAGCAAAGGGUCUGGGUGACAUCCUGCCUGCAUGGAAACGGGAGUCGGGCCAAGAAGAUGGACAUUCCCUGCCCUGGGGUAGGACAGAACCAGGCACAGAUAGAGGCAGGUCAGGGACCCAUGCUGCAAGCAGAGAGUCUGAGAGAAAGACUGGAAAAGUUACAGAGAAAAAAGACAAUGCCCUGCCGUCUCAGGAAGGGAAGAGCGCACGGAGCAGGGGCAAAGGCCGACGGACCCGACGGACAUCUCCUGAACCAGAAUCUUCUGACGAUUCCUACAUCUCAGCAGGCGAGGACCCACUGGAGGCCCCCAUCUUUGAGAUCCCUAUCCAGGAUGUAACAGUCAUAGCUGGAACUGAGGUGCUGUUCAAAUGUAUCAUCACAGGCAAUCCUUCCCCAGAAGUGUCAUGGCGAAAAGAUGGCGUCCCCUUUCGGAGCAGCACCAACCGACCCAUCAAAGCAGAGGGAGAACGCCACACCCUGCUGGUCAGGAAUGUCCGUGUGGCUGAUGCCGGCCUUUACACCGUCUGUGCCACCAACGAGGUGGGCGAAGCCUGCUGUAGUGCCAUCUUGAAUGUGCGGCCUGCUCCGCCAGAGAGCCACAGCCGAUUAAUGCCUCACCAUGAGCUCACCAGCCCUGUCACAUCUGACGAAGAGUAUUUGAGCCCCUUGGAAGAGUUCCCGGAGUGCAGCACCCCUCGGCAUGAACCUGUCAUGAAAGUGCAGCCCCGGUCUGAAAUUGCCCCAACUCCUGCACACGUAGGCAUCAACUUCAAAGCGGCACCAUCCUUUGAGGUGACACUGAGUGACCAGGUAGUACUGGAAGGACAGGAUGUGGUCCUGCGCAUUCGUGUGAAAGGAGAACCGAAACCAAUUGUACACUGGCUGAAAAAUAGACAUCCAGUCAAGUAUGGACGACAUAUUUCUGCUGUGGAAGAAGAGGAUGGUUCUUUUUGCCUACAUAUUCACAUGGCAGAAUGCACAGAUGCUGGCUAUUAUGCCUGCAAGGCCAUCAAUGAGUAUGGCACCAAGCAGUGUGAAGCCAAGCUCGAUAUACAAGUGCACCCUGAGACCCAGUCCCUGGCCGUGCUGGCCCCCCUGCAGGACGUGGUGGUGGGGGCUGGGGAUGCAGCUAUCUUCGAGUGCCUGGUGACUGGCCCACCGGAUGUGGAUGUGGACUGGCUGUGGCGGGGGCACCUGCUCCAGCCUGCCCUGCUCCAGUGCAAGAUGCAUUUCGACGGGCGCAAGUGCAAGCUGCUGCUUACCUCUGUGCAUGAGGAUGACAGUGGUGUCUACACAUGCAAGCUAAGCACAGCCAAAGAUGAGCUGACAUGCAGUGCCAAGCUGACGGUCAGGCCUUCACGGCAACCACUCUUCACCCGCAAACUUGAGUCCGUGGCCGUAGUGGAAGGACGUGUAGCCCGAUUUGACUGCAAGAUCAGUGGGGACCCCCCACCAACCAUCGCCUGGACACGGUUUGGCCAGCCCGUGCAAGAGGGGGAAACGGUACGUGUCUACAAAGAUGGAGGGCUGCACUCCCUGGUCCUCCUUCAUGUGAGAUCUGAGGAUGAAGGACAGUAUGGUGUGACCGCUCACAACAAGCAUGGCCGAGUGGAGUGCACUGCAGAGCUGUAUGUGGAGGAGCCGCGUCCAGCAGCCAGCUCCCAGAUCUCCAAGCUGGAGAAGAUGCCCUCCAUCCCCGAGGAGCCAGAGCAAGGGGAGAGCGAAGUGGAACGCUUCACCAUGCCAGACUUCCUGCGGCCACUACAUGACCUGGAUGUGGUGGAAUCCAAGGAGGCCAUCCUAGAGUGCCAAGUCGCUGGGCUGCCCUACCCCUCCAUCACCUGGUUCCACAAUGGCUGGCGCAUUGAGAGCACCGAUGAUCGCAGGAUGAUGCAGUACAAAGAUGUGCACCGCUUGGUCUUCCCCUCUGUCAGUCACGUUCAUGCUGGAGUCUAUAAAAGUGUCAUUGCCAACAAAGUGGGCAAGGCCACCUGCUAUGCACACCUCUACGUCGCAGAUGUUGUGCCCACACCCCCCGAUGGGCCGCCUUCCAUAGUUAGUGUCACUGGCCGGGCUGUCACACUGAAAUGGAACAAGCCCAAGUGGCUUGAUUCAGCCAUUGACCCUGCUACUGUGACCUAUAUCCUCCAGCAACAGGUCCUGGGAACCAGCCAUUGGACAGUUUUUGCCACGGGAGUGCGUCAUACAACCUACACUGUUCUUACUCUGAAGAAGGGGAUCCGAUACAUGUUUCGUGUACUCACAACAGCAGCCAAGACCAACAGCAAGCCCUCUCCAUCCUCUGAGCCUGUGCAGCUCCUUGAUCGUGGUCCUUACUUGGAAGAGGCACCCAUAAUCCUGGACAAACCAGAUGUGAUGUAUGCGGUAGAGGGCCAAUCAGCCACUAUUACAGUCACCCUCAAUCAUGUAGAGGUUGCUGUCACCUGGAGGAGGUCUGGUGUGGUCUUGAAGGAUGGUGAUCCCAACUGGGAGAUGAGCAUGCCUGAUGAUGACCAACACUCUAUACGAUUUGUCCGAGUGGGUAGGGGGGACGUGGGGGAAAUGACCUGUGAGGUGAGCAACCAGCAUGGAUAUGACCACUGCUUCAUCAACUUGGAACUAGCAGAGGCACCCCGCUUUGAAUCGAUCAUGGAAGACAUUGAAGUUGGUUUGGGUGAGACCCCACAGUUUGCUGUAGUGGUAGAGGGAAAACCCCUUCCAGACAUCAUGUGGUACAAGGAUGAGGUGCUCCUGACUGAAAGCAAUCACCUGAGUUUUGUGUAUGAGGAAAGUGAAUGCUCACUAGUGAUAGUGAACACCACGGAGCAAGACGGUGGGGUCUACACAUGUAUUGCACGCAACGUGGCAGGAGAAGUGUCUUGCAAAGCUGAGCUUGUAGUUCGUGCAGCUGUAGCCGAUGCUGAUGCUGCACGGGCAGAGGAAGAGUCCCACACAGCCCGCCGCCUGGCUGACUAUUAUGAUGUCCAUGAGGAGAUCAACAGGGGAGCCUUUUCGUAUGUGCGACGCGUGACCCAGAAGAGUUCCGGUUUGGCCUUUGCUGCCAAGUUCAUCCCAUGCCGUGCCAAAGCCAAGAAAUCAGCACGCCGUGAACUUGGCAUCCUAGCUCAGCUUGAUCAUGAACGUGUUGUCUACUUCCAUGAUGCCUUUGAGAAAAGAAAUGCCCUCAUCAUUGUUAUGGAGCUCUGCACUGGAGAUGAACUACUGGAUCGUAUAGCAAGGAAGUCUUCCGUGAAUGAAUCAGAAAUACGCUCCUACAUGCGGCAGGUUCUAGAGGGAAUCAACUACCUUCACCAUCAUGGAAUCUUGCAUCUUGACAUUAAGCCAGAAAACCUGCUGUUGGCCGAACCAGGCAGUGAUCAGGUGAGAAUCUGUGACUUUGGCAAUGCCCAGGAGCUGACUCCAGAUGAGCCCCAGUACUGCAAAUAUGGCACCCCUGAAUUCGUGGGCCCUGAGAUCAUCAGCCAGAGUCCUGUCUCCGGUGUCACCGAUGUCUGGCCACUGGGAGUCAUCACAUAUCUAUGUCUCACAGGGAUCUCCCCAUUUGUGGGUGAGAAUGACAAGACAACACUCAUGAAUAUCCGCAACUACAACGUGGCUUUUGAGGAGAGUAUGUUCACGGGACUGACAAGAGAGGCAAAAGGCUUUGUUAUCAAAGUGUUGGUUAACGAUCGCCUGAGGCCCAAUGCAGAGCAGACUCUGGAGCAUCCUUGGUUCAAGACCCUGGCGAAGGGCAAGAGUAUAAGUACGGAUCAUCUCAAGCUCUUCAUAUCUCGUAGGAAGUGGCAGCGCUCUCAGAUUAGCUACAAGUGCAACAUGGUGCCGCGUCCAAUUCCUGAGCUUCUAGAGGACACAUCCAGCCACUUGUCUAUUGCUGUGCCACGUCUUCUCAAGGCGACAUCAGUGCUGUCCUCCUCUUCAGAUUCUGAUGACCCCGAAGAGUUGCCCUUUAUUCCUAUGCCCCAUCAGCCUGAAUUUUCUGGUUCCCGCAUGUCUCUCACUGAGAUCCCAACUGAUGAUGAGCCCGCAGGUCCAAAUGCAGCUCCACUAGAUGAUGAGGGCAUGUCCAUGGAGUGGCAGGAAGAGGGGCAAGGGACCCCAGUGAAUCACAAGAAGAAGGAAGAAGGGGAUCCCAGUGUUAGGAGGCAGAAGGGCAUAUUGCCACGGAAGCGCUCCACAGAGGUUGAGGAGCCUGGCUCUUCUGAUGAGGAAGCCCACCGUGAGGCUCAGAAAAGGCCAGAAAAAAGGAGAGCUCUGAAGAAAGGAUCCAGCUUGGACUCCCCGGGAGUUUCUGAAAGAGCCUCACGCAAGGGGGAGCUGCGUCGUGGGAGCUCUGCAGACAGUGCCCUCUUGCUGAACCUCCCCUCAGAUGAGGCUGAGCCUCCCUUCCAUAAAAGCCUGACCAAGGCAGCUUCCAUGGAGUUGCCCCGCCGCAGCCCCAGCCCAGGUACACUAUACCAUCGAAAAGGAGUGUUACCUGAGGAGGAAUACACCCAGCGCUUAGAGGUCAUGCGUCAGCGCUUGCUACGGGGCAGCCCUGUGGAUGGCAAAUUGAGUGGUCUGCGAGGGCCCUUGCUGGAGACUCUUGGCCUUGAAAAGAAGGUGUUGAGACCUCCUCGUCUGGAGAAGCAGCUGUCUCCUGGACAUAAGAUGGUACGAGCAGCCUCCAGCGAGACAGCUCCCCAUCACCUUCCCCCUGAGGGACGCCUUCUUCAAAAGAGCAGCUCUUUCAGCCAGGGUGAUGGGGAACCUGUCAUCUUGCACCGACGCUCUGGAGAACCCCUGGAAAUCCCACUGGCACAAGGUCAAAGAUUAAGGGAGACACCUUCCCUUUCAGCUCUGAAUGACUCAAGGCCUCACACUCCUCACACCCCACAGGAGGUCCCGCCCAAGCUCUCUACCCCUGAGCUAGAUGCAGGAGCAAUCGCCAGGCCUAGCAUUAGGAAACCUGGCCCAAGAGGAUCUGAAGACAAACUGGUGACCAAAUUGGCCAAACCUGACACCUCACCAGCUGCAAAAGCCAUAGGCUCCUCAAGGAAGUCAACGCAAUUCAUGCCAACUUCACCUGACUCUGGUAGCUCAGCACCCAAGCGUUCUGCCUAUGCUGAGGUCAUGCUUUCCCUGGCUGGUGAAUCAGCCCAAGUCCCCCAGACGGAUGCAACAGAGCCUUCUAUCACUGCCUCAGAAAGUAUGCCUCAGAUCUCAGCAGCUGAAACACAAUUGCAAACUGCAGCCGAUCCCAAGAAAGCAGCACAGAAGCCUGGCAAAGAACCAUCCACCCCAGUUCAAUCUUCCAGUACUGAGCAUAUCCAGGAUAUAGACUCUGAAGAAGUUUUUGAGGCCAAGUUCAAAAGAGGGAGGGAAGGUUCCCUCAGCAGGGGACGUAAGCUGCUUUCCAGGUCUGAGGAGAGGCAUCUGACUGGGCCUCUGGGGAGGGAGGAUGCCAUAUAUCGACCAGGUCCGGCAGGUGCUCCUCUAGAGCUGUCCAAGGCUGGGAUAUCUCGACGGGCACAUUCAGUGCAGGACCUUCAUGAGGUGGAGAAGGAAGGUGGUUUCAUCCGCAGAAUGUCAAUGCGACUCCGCCGCACACCCCCCACUGAGAGGCGGAAGACCAAGGAGGAUGAAACAGGAGGAGCUGCCCAGGGUCGGAGAUUCUCAUGGGGUUUGGCUUCCAAGGACAAAAAGGACUCAGACAGCCAGAAGUCAGAGCCUGGCUCCAGUGAGUCACCAGUUAUGGCUGUACGUAAAAAGAUUGGCACCACCAUGGGACGCCUCUCCACCCACCUUCGCAGCCAGUCACAGCAACACUCUGAUGAAGAUCAUACGGCCACUACUGGGGACAACAUCAGGCAGCCUGAGAAAAGAGCUCCUUUCCUUUCUCAACUGCGCCGUGCAACUUCUGAGGGUGAAAGCCUGCGCCAGGUGGGCAUCCCACAGAAUCAGCUGGCAGCCCAGUCUGCUAAUGUCCCCUCCACAGAGUCCUUCCAGUCUGAGACAUCCACAGGCAAUGUUUCUGGUGAUGUUCAUCGCCGAAGUUCUCGCUGGGAACGCUGGAGCUUGUCCCGAGCCAAGAAAGACAAGGUUGCAUCACAGCCCAACAUUCCUGCUAGCUUGAGAGGAGAAGGUGUCGUGAUUGUGAGUCAGCCCUAUGUCCUCAGCGAGUCAGACUUCCCUCCAGUUUUCCACAUAAAAUUGAAGGACCAGGUAUUGCUGGAAGGAGAGGCAGUGCAACUUUGCUGCCUUCCUGCAGCCAGCCCCACCCCUCGUAUUUUGUGGAUGAAAGAUAAACAUGCACUGGUAUCAGAAGGAGUUCUCAACAUUGUGGCAUGCAAGGAUGGCCGCCAGCUGCUCACCAUCUCCAAAGUUUCCAGGAAAGAUGCAGGCUUGUAUGAAUGCAAUGCCACAAAUGCCCUGGGCACUGCCACCAGUUCCUGCACCAUUGCUGUGGCACGGCUUCCUGGGAGACCAGGCACCCCAGAAAUCCCCCAGAAGUAUAGGAACACUGUUCUGGUCCUCUGGAGGCCAGCGGAUAGCCAGGCAUCUUGCACAUACACACUGGAAUACAAGACGGAUGGAGAACAUGACUGGAAAGUAGUCAGCUUCGGCAUUGCCGAUUGCUACUUCAACGCAAAGGAUCUACCAGUGGGGAGCAGCGUCAAGUUUCGCGUUGCCUGUGCCAACAAGGCCGGACAAGGUCCUUACAGCAAUCCCUCAGGGAAGGUGUUAAUUGAAAGUGCAGAACCCAAAGCUGCCAAAAAGAGUACAACUGCACCAGAGAAACUCACUUCUACCAAAUCCUCGCAGGCCCUUUUGAACCAGUCUCCCCAGACAGGGCCGAAAAACACCGGUCCUCCUCCAGCCACCCCUCCCAGGAAGCAGAAGGGGCUAGGGUUGCCUGUGGGAGUACAGGAGGUGCCUGCCCCACCAGUGACUCAGGCCAGCGAGGGGAAAGCAAAGCUCCCAAUCACAGCCCUGGUUCCAUCCAACAAGGACGCCCCUGCAUCUGAGGGUCCAACCUCAUCUGAGCCAACAUCAAAGCCUUCCAGGACAGCAUCUUCCCUCAGUACCCACAGUGGGUCAUCCACCUCUACCCUCUCACCUGCUCCAACAUCCUCUGCCAGCUCUCCCAUUUCCAAGUUUUCUCCUAUCUCUCCUGCAUCACCAGUCUCAGUGGCAGACUCACCAGCAACUGUCUCCCCAAAAGCUGUCCCAUAUGUGGCCACCUCUUUCGUCUCAAUCCCAACAAGAGUUCCCACCACCACCCCAGAAGGUGGACCCAGUCCUCCAGUCACCCCAAGCAUGGAAGAGGUGCCUUCUCAUACACGCCUCUUGAGCCGGAGUGUUACUCCUGGCAGGGACACUGGUAGUGCUGCCCAGAGUAGACUAUCCUCAGCUGCCAAAGAUGACUCCUCCUUGCGCCAAGGUGUCCCUCAAAAACCCUACACCUUCUUGGAUGAGAAAGCAAGGGGCCGAUUUGGAGUGAUCCGGGAGUGUAAGGAGAAUGCCACAGGCAAGCGUUUUAUGGCCAAGAUUGUGCCCUAUGAUGCAGAAGGCAAGCAGGGUGUCUUGCAGGAAUAUGAGAUCCUGAAGGGGCUGCACCACGAGCGUAUCAUGGCGCUACAUGAAGCCUAUAUCACACCUCGGUAUCUGGUGUUGAUCGCUGAAAACUGCACUGGGAAGGAAAUCCUCUACCACUUAGUCGAAAGGUUCCGAUACUCAGAAGAUGAUGUGGUGGGAUAUGUAAUACAGAUCCUCCAAGGGCUGGAUUAUUUGCAUGGACGGCGCAUUAUCCACCUUGACCUGAAGCCUGAUAACAUCAUUGUCUCCACCACAAAUUCCAUAAAAAUAAUUGACUUUGGCAGUGCCCAGACUUACAAUCCAUUGGUGUUGCGCCAGUUAGGGCGUCGGGUUGGUACGCUGGAGUACAUGGCUCCUGAAAUGGUGAAGGGAGAUCCCAUUGGCUCGGCAGCUGACAUCUGGGGCGUGGGAGUGCUUACGUACAUCAUGCUCAGUGGUCGCUCACCUUUCCUUGAAGCGGAUCCCUUAGAGGCUGAAAGCCGGAUUUUGGCAGCCCGUUAUGAUGCCUUCAAGCUAUACCCCAAUGUCUCCCAAAGUGCUGCACUCUUCAUCCGCAAAGUACUCUGUGCCCAUCCAUGGAGCCGUCCCACUCUCAAGGACUGCUUUGCCAACCCUUGGCUCCAGGAUGCUUACCUGAUGAAGCUGCGGCGCCAGACCCUCACUUUCACCACAAGUCGCCUGAAAGAGUUCUUGGUGGAGCACCAGCGUCGGCGCAGCGAGGCGGCCACCAAGCACAAGGUCUUACUGCGCUCCUACCACGGCGCCAGCAGCCACAUGCCCUAGCCGCCUGCCCUGCCGGAGGAGCCACAGAACAUUCCAGCAGGGGGCGAGAUGGGCCAAACACCGUCCACCCAGCCAGGGUGAGACCGGUUGAUAUACCUCAUGGUUCAAGAAGAGUCGUCAGCACUGGCCGCUGUGUUCUUCACUCUGCCCAGCCAACUCCUGGCAGCAGCCUGGCUUAGAGGAGAGUGAGACAGUGUCUGAUGACAGAAAAGGGCAGACUGACAAGAAUUACCAACUCUGGGGGUUGGGUUCAGGGAAGGGUGACUUGCUCUGGGAAAUACAAGGGGGCUUGAAGCAGUGCCAAGGUCGAGGCCAAGGCCUUGAUUUUUCCUCCUCAAAAUAACUCCUCCCUCAGGGCUUCCACAGGCCUCUUCUGCAUUGUGCCUAAAAGUGUUGCAUUUUGAUGCAACCAGUUCUUUUUGUUAACUAACAGCAUACCCUAAACAUGCCUGCUGUGAGGUAUGAGACAUCUUUUCCCUUUUUAAACCCAGCAGUUUGAGCUGGGAGAAUAAAAAGAGGAGUCAACCCCAGAUUCUUGCAGAGGAGAAGCCUAGCAGCACCUGACAGUCCACCACAGGGUUGGAAUGGUUCUUCACUGCCAUGAAUGUUUGUGUUCCUCAAGGCAGGGCCUGGGGUAGGCUGGGCGGAUAUGCACUGAAGACAAAGCUCAAAUGUAGGAAUCCAGGCAAAAACAAGGAAUAGCAAAACUAGAGGGAGGUGAAGAGGUGCUGGCCAUGUUCCUGGGUUUCCUGCCCAAUUUCCUCUCCCUCCAUAGGAGUCCAGAAGAAGGCAACAAUAUAAGGCCAGCAGUUCUUCCUUGUUUGCACCUGACCCAUGUACAAUGCUUUCCUGCAGCCUUGCAUUUUUGCACAAGCUUUCCUAACAAUGCACACAAUAAGGUCCUUUCUUUCCUUUCAGAACUGGAGCAAAAACACACACAGCUUCUUGAAUUGUGUAUGUACUCCAGAUACACCCUCCUCAUCUGCGUAAUACCCUGCUCUCUUUUCUGAGCUCAUUUGUUUCACCCUAUACUGGAAUCAUACAAGAUGAAUCCCAUACAAACAAAUUCAGAGCCUCUAGUCCAGUGGUUCUCAACUUGGGGUCCCCAGAUGUUUUUGGCCUUCAAUUCCCAGAAAUACUAACAGAUGGUAAUCUGGCUGAGAUUUCUGGGAGUUGUAGGCCAAAAACAUCUGGGGACCCCAGGUUGAGAACCACUGCUCUAGACCUACACACCUUCUUCCUUUGCAGUUAGGUGCCAGAGUUUGGAAAUGUUACUUUUUGGUCUAAUGCUCACAGCUUGGCCAAUGGUCAUGGCAGUGCAAAAAAAGUAACUUUGUCCUGAUCUAUUAGGCACGCACUUGGCCUUCCUAGCACAUAUAUUAUUCCACAGUUGGUGGGUCAGUUCUACUAUUGAGAGGAAAACUGAAUGAACCCUGUAGCUGUCGUCUUAGCCCUUCUAUUGCUUAGCCUUGGGCUGCUGAUGGGAGUUAGUUGUACCUCUGCUCUGAAACAAGUGCAUUAAUUGGGCUUCUGGAGUGCUUAAACCACCUCAGCAGUCCAAGUAAUGAUUUCUUUUUUCUUGAGACUUAAGAGGACAAAAGCUGAAGACUUUGUUUUUGUUACUUAGCCUAGCCAAGUAGUGUCUAUUCAUGGUGAGGCAGGCCUGAAAACGCAGGAAGCUUUUCUGAAAAUCUGAAAUAUUGUUACAGCUACAGGCACUCGAUCAGGAAACAGAUACUUUGGUUGGUAAAAUAGGGGAAUGUUAAAGAGUGCUAUCUUUUCAGUAGAAAACCAAGGCUAUGGCCAAGGCUCAAAGCCUACAGUAUGAAUGCAGCUUUGCCGACCUGUCUUGGCUGUGGGAAUCCAUAAUAUCAGUUCCCCAUCUCUGUCCACCUUUCUCCACCAUCCAAUGUUUUGGAUUGUGGAGAUGCUAGUUUCCCUCUGGCAAGAGCAAGCAAAACAUCCUGGACUACUUCCAGACUGACCUUACUACAAAUAAAUUAUUGCUGUUUUACAGUAAUGUACAAGUUGAAUUGUAGUUGACUUUCCAAACUGUGGUUAUUGCAGAUUUUCUAUGUAUGUUUAGCUUGCUACAUUCUCUCCAUACCAAUAAGCGUGAUUAGGUCUCGUUUACCUACAACCUCUUGGGUAAGAAUGGCAAUGCUUACUUCCUGCAAUUCUUACCUAAAAUUUAAAAAACCAAUUAUUUAUAGUGAUGAGUGCUCGUUGAUGUAAAAAUGAGUAGUGAUCACUAUCCCUGAAAUAUCAACAACCUUAAUGAUUAAGCAUUCGUUUUCGACUGGAAGUAAACAUUGAGUCUGUUAUAGUAAGCGGAAAAGGCACACACUGGUAAAAUGGAAAUUAUUAAAAAGUUCCUUAAUUAGAAUUACAAAAUUAGUGUUGUGGCACUAUAGCAAUCUUUCUUUUUACUAUUUUGGGAGGAAAGGUGAAUCAGAAGUAUAAAUUGUCAGCCCUAAAUCAACCCCUUAAAAUGUUGCAUUCAGAAAGGGUUUUUAAGCACUUUGUUACUUUUAUUUGGGCAGUAUUUUAUUAAUUUUUAAAUAUACCAGUAUAUAAAGAAAAUUUUAAGUGAAAAAUUAAUAGAAUUAUGAAAUGGUGCCAGGUUUAUCUGCCUGAUAGGCAAAGCUUAGGAAAGUUACAUUUUAACUGCAGUGUUCAUAAGCCUCCAACCAAACAUGUUCAAGGAAGUUACAGCCCAUAAAAGUUACUAUCCCCAAGCUCUUCUGCUGUGUCACUGUCCGUAUAAAUGAUGGGGGUCGUCUGUGUUCUUUUCCUUUCACCCUUUUUAUAAAAGCUGGCAGCAGUACUGGGAAAACAUUGGAAAAUUACAAUGGAUGGUGAUGGCGAUCCUCUCUCCCUACCACUGUGAAUGGAAAUGGAAAUUCAACACCAAAUCCCUCAUGUGAAAACAGCCUGAGUCAAAAUAAAUGCAGUGGAUAAUCUUA